AGAAAAAAAACAGGAAGUAUUCGUGUAGCCAGCUGGUGGUAAUUGUAGUUGAAUGAGCAGAGCUCACUGUGGCAGUGAAGGACGGACGCCCUGAGACAGAGAAAUUCGCGGUGGAACUGUUUUCAAUUAAAACUAUUUAUGCCACGACGAGAGAAAUAGCUUACACUGACUGAAAGUAUAGGAAUAUAGUGGACUGGAGAAGCACACUCCUGGUCCUUUAAAAAAAUAUUUAAUAAAAGUGUAAAUCCAAGCGACCCGAUAGCUUUCACACAAGGGCGUGUGUGGGUCUCGGGAGCACUGGGUCGCUUUUUAUCCCUUGCAUGUUGUUACUGUAUAUAUUUGAUAUUUUUGCAUCACUUGGGUCCGGAGGAUUUGCUUGAGGAUGGGGUGUACCCUGAGCACGGACGAUAAAGCGGCGGUGGAGCGCAGUAAAAUGAUCGACAGGAAUUUGCGGGACGACGGGGAGAAAGCCGCAAGAGAGGUCAAGCUACUGCUUCUCGGUGCUGGUGAGUCGGGGAAGAGCACAAUAGUCAAGCAGAUGAAGAUCAUCCACGAGGCAGGCUACUCGGAGGAGGAGUGUAAACAGUACAGGGCUGUGGUCUACAGCAACACCAUCCAGUCCAUCAUCGCUGUCAUCAGAGCCAUGGGACGACUCAAGAUCGACUUUGGAGACGCCGCCAGAGCUGAUGAUGCGAGACAGCUGUUUGUGCUGGCGGGGUCGGCAGAAGAAGGUUUCAUGACGGCGGAGCUGGCCGGGGUCAUCAAACGCCUGUGGAAAGACGGAGGGGUACAGGCCUGCUUCAGCCGAUCACGAGAGUACCAGCUCAAUGACUCUGCAGCAUAUUACUUAAAUGAUUUGGACAGGAUAUCCCAAGCCACCUAUAUCCCGACCCAGCAGGAUGUCCUGAGGACCAGAGUCAAAACCACAGGCAUUGUGGAGACACAUUUCACCUUCAAGGACCUCCACUUUAAGAUGUUUGAUGUUGGAGGUCAGAGGUCCGAGAGGAAGAAAUGGAUCCACUGCUUCGAGGGUGUCACUGCCAUCAUCUUCUGUGUGGCGCUCAGCGACUAUGACCUGGUGCUGGCUGAGGAUGAGGAGAUGAACCGGAUGCAUGAGAGCAUGAAGCUGUUUGACUCCAUCUGCAACAACAAGUGGUUCACAGACACCUCCAUCAUCCUCUUCCUGAACAAGAAAGACCUGUUUGAGGAGAAGAUCAAGAAGAGCCCUCUAACUAUCUGUUACCCAGAAUACGCAGGCUCCAACACUUACGAGGAAGCUGCGGCCUACAUCCAGUGUCAGUUUGAGGACCUGAACAAGAGGAAGGACACCAAGGAGAUCUACACCCACUUCACCUGCGCCACCGACACCAAGAACGUGCAGUUUGUCUUCGACGCAGUCACUGACGUCAUCAUCAAGAACAACCUGAAGGACUGUGGACUCUUCUAAGUCCUGGAUUUGAUCGAUGGAAGUUUUCUGGCGGUGAAAAACCAGCAUAAUGUGCAUUUUCGGGGAGAAGAUCAGGAGAAUCUGAGUGGGGAGAAUCAAUUAUGGACCAUUGCUGUACUGUAUUCCACUUUUAAUGGAUUUAUUUAUGUUUUUAUCUUGGAACAUUUUGAAUUUGUGUUUAAACAUUUGUGUUUGAUGUUUGUCAUUGUAAAAUCAUUUUCACACUUUUCUUUUUUGGAAGAAGCUUGUUUUAUUUAGUUUGUUCCUUUUUUAUGCCCUCUGGAAAAGGAAGCUUGUUUUAUUUAGUUUGUUCCUUUUUUAUGCCCUCUGGAAAAGGAAGCUUGUUUUAUUUAGUUUGUUCCUUUUUUAUGCCCUCUGGAAAAGGAAGCUUGUUUUAUUUAGUUUGUUCCUUUUUUAUGCCCUCUGGAAAAGGAAGCUUGUUUUAUUUAGUUUGUUCCUUUUUUAUGCCCUCUGGAAAAGGAAGCUUGUUUUAUUUAGUUUGUUCCUUUUUUAUGCCCUCUGGAAAAGGAAGCUUGCCUUUUGGUGGAAAUAUUCCUUUUCUCCCUCCCCAAUUGUUAGGGGAAAGGGAUUUGAUUUGAGCUCAGUUUGUUGGUACUGUGCCUUUGCAUGUCCUUUUCUCUGCAGUCACUGACCAAAUUUCUAUUUUUUUGCCUGCUAAAAUUGUUCCAACAUAAAAGGUGAAACAUUUCCUGAGGGAUAUUAACAGUCUUUGGUGCACAUUCCCAACCAAUUUAGUGGCGGAAUUCCCUGUGGUCCAAAUGUGUGUUUGUGUGUGUCUCGAUGGUGACCAACGCAGCCCCGCCCACAGGCUGUCCCAUACUGACAAAGGGAUGUGGUUUUUAACAGUACACCAUAUCAAAUGUGUAUCCAAUAUGAACCCUAGCUAGGUCAAGGAGCUUACGUUAUGCUGUGGAAUUAAAGAACAGCUAAACCGGAGUAAUAUUUUAUUGUAUAUUUUAAGAUUUAUUUAAGGAGAUUUCGGGGACUUGGUCUCUGCGAUCACUGCAGAAUCACAAUUGUAAAGCAAAGUAAAAAUGGAUGGGGAACAAACACAUGGUUAUGGUCUGUAACCAGCCACAGCUGUCUGUGUGUUCUCCAACAGACGGGGAGCCUUUGUACACUUAUUCCCUUAUUUUGCUAAUAAAACCCUUUACAAACCA